UAGGUUUAAACAUUAAUUUCGGGUCCUGGGUGUGAUGACUCCUCAGUCCAGCUUUUGAAGAACCAGGAAUGGUGGAAUUUGGAGAAAUCUUGAAAGCGGUGGGAGAAUUCGGGAGGUUUCAGAUAUGGCUGGUGUUCCUGAUCUGCAUCCCAAACUUCCUCACUCCCUUCCACAUCUUUGGGCAGCAGUUUAUAGCCAUAGAGGAGCCCCAUUACUGCAAAACGAGCUGGCUCCAGGGCUUGAACCUGACCCAGGAGCAGGAGGUGAACUUGACCAUCCCUAGGAAGCCGGAUGGGUCGCUGGAGGAAUGCACGAUGUACACUCCGGUUGAGGGAGACCUCGAGACGAUCCUCACCAAGGGACUCAAUGCUACGGAAAAAUGCCAGUCCGGCUGGGUGUAUCCAGAGGCACAAAAGCCAACUUUGCUGACCGAUUUUAAUUUGGUUUGUGACCGGAAAGACCUCAAUGACAUCUCUCAGUCCAUCUUCAUGGCUGGCCUUUUGGUUGGAGCCGUUGUCUUCGGCCCGCUGAGUGACAGGAUAGGUAGCCGAUGGUCCAUUUUGCUCCAGCUCCUGCUAAUGGGUUCCUUUGGUGUCGGGGCCGCGUUUGCUCCAAAUUUCAUCGUCUACAUUGUCUUGAGAUUCGUGGUGGGAGCCGCAUUUGCUGGGAUCAGUAUCAGCAUGGCAGCCUUAAGUUCGGAGUGGGUCGGGGCUCCCUUCCGCGCGCGGGCGCUGGUCAUCACCCACUGCAGCAACGCCAUGGGUCAGAUGGCCUUGGCAGGCUUGGCGUACUCUGUUCGUGAUUGGCGGCUGUAUCAGAUCGUGGGCUCGGUCCCUGCCUUUGCACUCUUUUUCUACAUAUGGGUCCUCCCUAAUUCUGCGCGAUGGCUUGUGACCAAAGGGAAGAUCAAGGAAGCCAAAGAGCUGCUCCAAAAAGCUGCCUCCAUCAACAGACGAACCAUUCCGGAAGAACUGCUUGAUCAGCUGGCUCCAGAGCAGAAGGCAAAAUCUGGGAACAUCUUGGAUCUUUUCAAGAAGGCACACUUACGGCGCAUGACUUUGAUCAUGGUCUGGGUCUGGUUUGCAGACAGCCUUGUGUACUAUGGUGUGAGUCUCCACGUCGGGGAUUUCGGUGUGGACAUCUACAUGACCCAGCUCAUCUUCGGAGCAGUUGAAAUUCCAUCUCGCUUGUCCUGUAUUUUCUUCCUUCAGUGGUUGGGCAGGAAGAAGUGCCAGGCUGCGUGGCUUCUCCUGGGCGGAAUCGUGUGCUUGUUGAUUCCGGUGGUUCCCCAAGAAUUCCCUGCGAUCGUGACAACAUUGGCCGUUAUUGGCAAAUCUGCUCUUGCCGCUUCCUUUUCAACCAGUUAUGUCUUCUCUUCGGAGGUCUUCCCCACAGUCGUCAGGCAAACGGGGUUGGGAUUGUGCUCUAUGGCUGCUCGGGUGGCCGGCAUCCUCUCCCCGCUGGUUGGGCUCCUGGACAAGAUCCACCCGGCUAUUCCCAUGUCGCUCUUGGGAGCCACGGCACUCCUUGGGGGUGGGCUUUGUUUCCUGCUGCCAGAGACCCGGAACAAAGACCUCCAAGAUGACACCACUGCCAAAUCCACCUUUGACAUGGGGUCCGAGAAGGUCGCCAAUGGUAGCUCUGAAAAAGGAAGGACAGAACAGAAGGAAGGUGGACAAAGCACAGAACCCACCAAGAGCACAUACUUCUAGUGGCAAAUAACAAAUCCCUGUGUAAUUCAAAAGAAUGGGACAUAGGGUUUUCUAGAGAGGAAAAUGUCCUUGGUUUUUUAAACUCUAGACUUCCCAACCUCAUGUUUUCUGGUUCUUCCAGAAAGUAUGGAGUCCAUCACAUCUAAGUGAUCCAAAAGGACUCUGCUUUUCCACUACAGUAUUUU